AUGCAUAUUCCAUCUCUUCCCGAUGAUUUCGACGAGAUAGGAAUCGAACAACAAAGACAAUGCAGAACCGUCUUUCGCUUGGAAGAGGCCAAUCUUUACUACACAGCCGCGACAGGCGUACACAAUGAGGAACAUAUGGAUUUGUUGAGACUUCCUCAUCUCGGAAUACGGCAGUAUCUCCUUCGCCAGACAGGGUAUCACAACUCCAUCGGUAUAGAGCAGCAUCUCCUCAGCCGCUUGUCCAGUUGUAAUGAGUCUGAACAGCUAUUGUCCCAGGUUCGAGAACACCUCGAUAUAGAUCUAGAAGGCGGUACCGAGCCAGACAACUUUGAGAGGGCGGUGGAGGGCAAUCGAAGCUUUCGUAUAGAAAUGGUUCGGCAAGCAGAAGUGGACCAGCGGGAGUUAUAUUGGCGAAACUAG